AGGAGAGAGGAGAGGAGAGGAGAGAGGAGUAGCAGCUCACAGAGCCGCACUACUGUGAAUAUAUCUCUGUACGUAUGUAUCCUGCUGCUGCUGCUGCUGCUGCUGCUGGUGGUGGUUGCCAGGACUGAGGAGUGAGUGUGUGCAAAAGCUAAGAGAGUGAAAGAGCGAGAGGGGGAGGGAGAGGGAGGUGGAGGGAAGAAUACACUUGGAUUUGGAUACAACUGGAAAACUACCAAGCGCGCACAGAACGCACCGAGAGGGAAAGCACAUCGACCGUGCGGAGCCAGCGUUUCACCUUCUCCCUGCCGGGAUCCCGCGGUCGGAUUCAACCGAACAUGGAGCUCCCUGCCGCCGGAGAGCACGUCUUUGCGGUGGAGGGCAUCGAAAAGAAGCGCAUCCGCAAGGGCAAGAUCGAGUACCUGGUCAAGUGGCGAGGCUGGUCUCCCAAAUACAACACCUGGGAGCCAGAGGAAAACAUCCUUGACCCGCGUCUUCUCGUCGCCUUUCAACACAGAGAGAGACAAGAGCAGCAGAUGGGAUACCGAAAGCGGGGGCCAAAGCCAAAACAUCUUCUUCUUCAGGUACCCUCGUUUGCCAGGAGAUCCAGUAUCCCUGCUGGUUUUGAGGAAGCAAGUCAGGAGACAGAGGGUGGAGUCAAGUCAGAUCCUGUCCAGGUCCAACGUCCCCAGAUUCAGCAGUACCAGCUAAACAGCAAGAAGCACCAUCAGUACCAGCCCAGCAGCCCGGAGGUUUCGGCUGACCAGCUCGCCAACGGCAAAAAGAAAUUCAUCUACCAGCUGAACAGCAAGAAGCACCACCACUACGAGCCUGACCCAAAUAUGUUUGACACGCAGGCCUCUAAGCUCAGAGAGGUGGUCAAAGUUCAGGAGCCGGCCUGUAAACAAGCUAAUCCUGGCUGGAACUUACCUCUGGCUCUGCAGCAGAAAUGGGUUCGUGACAAAGACACAGGAUGUUUGAGCAAAGUCAAAGAGUUGGCAGUGGAGGUGAGGAAACCGGUGGUGAAGGAGGCCGAGAGUGAACAUGCCCUGAAACCAGAUCCUAAAGACGCAACGCUGCCGAGCGCUGUCAGCAGCAAAAUGAAGAUAAUCAAGAACAAAAACAAAAACGGACGCAUUGUGAUUGUCAUGAGCAAAUACAUGGACGGUAACAAGGUUCACGCAGCCAAGGGUAAACACGGGGAAUCGUCAGGUGAGGAGAAACCCAUGAGCACCAAACCAUCAGAGAGCAAUCCAGGGCAGAGAACCAAAAUAGGGGAGCAUCUGGAGAAUGGCGUUCCCAAAGAGAUUUGUAACGGCCGCUCCCCUCCUGCUGCAGAGCAUCCCAUCAAGUGUUCUCCAAAGAACAGACAUUUUUCCAAACCUUCACCAAGCACGGCAGAGGAAUACAACACUGAGGUGGCCAGAGGUCAGGCCGAUCUACCUGAUGACCUGCCGUUACAGCUGACUGCCAGCUCACCGUCCAUGUCCUGGGCCAUGGACACCAACAUUCCCACACCUACAGCUGUGGACCAGAUCAGGAUACCUUCAUAUCCUGGCGACCGCAAGCGGAAGCUGUCAGAUCCGGUGGAGGACAGGGGUGUUUCUAAAACCUUUCUGGCCUCCAGGAGCUUCAGUGUGCCCAGCACAGUGGUGCCGCCCCCUCAGGAUAAACCCAUGGACCUACACUGUAGCAGCCGACGUCCCAGCAGCAAUUGCACGUAUGACUUUGUGGACUCUGGCGGCCAGGACGAGCCCAUGGAUCUCAGCUGCCCAAAGACUAAGAGACAAACGGAGCCAGAAUUACGUCCAGAACCACAACCGGAACCGGAGAUAGAACCGGAGCCCGUACAAAAGUCUGAAACACAGCCAGCAGACGCCGAGGCUCCACCUGUGAUGGAGGACACGCCCAAAUCUGCAGAGAAAAGUAAAGAGGCGCCUGUGAAGAAAAUCUCCCCCUUCAUGGGAAACAUCAUCAUCACUGACAUCACGUCAAACAGCCUCACCGUCACCUUCAAGGAAUAUAUCUCUUUCUGAGGAACUCGUUGUGAAUUAUGACCAGCUGGAGCGCCAUGUCAAUAUGUGCAUAUGUAAACAUGUAACAUAUGUAUGUAUCCUGUAUAUAAGGAAAUUUAUAAUUUAUCAUUCAAAUUCAAUAUGUUUCUUAUAAUGUUUUAUAC